AUGUGGUUAGUUUACAUCGCACUCGUAAUCUUGUUUAUUUACAUAUUAGAUCAAAUAUUGAUCGACAAACGAUUACUUGAACUCAGUGAGAAGUUUAAUGGACCAAAAAGACUUCCAAUCGUAGGCAAUGCACUUGAAUUCCUUGGCAUCGGGCCCAAAGAAUAUUAUGAUUUUGUCAAGAAGAAUCAGCUGACUUUCGGUAGGACUAAAACUCGAAUUUCAAGGUUUUGGAUAGGCAAUCAAAUUGAAAUUAAUGUCGACGAUCCAAAGCAUUUGGAGAUAAUUCUUACAAACAAUAAGUUUCUAUCGAAGAGUUCGCAAUACAGUUUCUUGAAUGCAAGCUUAGGCGAUGGUCUUUUAUUUAGCACAAAUCAGAAAUGGUUCACAAGACGUCGAAUCAUUACUCCGACAUUUCAUUUCAAAAUUCUUGAACAAUUUUUUGAAGUCUUCAUCAAACAUAAUCAGAAAUUGAUGUCACAGAUUGAAGAAAAGGCGGAUGGAAAAAUGUUUGACAUUUUUCCUUUUGUGACAGCAUCAGUUAUGAAUGCAAUUUGUGAAACUGCAAUGGGAUGCGAAAUGAAAGCUGAAGAUUUCGAAUAUUUGGAAGCUGUGAAAGAUCUUGGAUAUCACGUCUCAACGCGAUUUUUAACACCAUGGCAAAGAAUUGACUUUUUAUUUAAUUUAUCAUCAACAAAAAGAGAGCAAGACAAAUGUGCAAGAAUUAUGCACAAAUUCACAACAAAAAUUAUUGAAGAACGAAGACAAAAGCUUAUGGAAGAAAAAGCAGAAAGUUUGGGGAAUUUAGACGAUGAUGAUGUUGGUUUGAAGAAGAAAAUGUGUUUGCUUGAUGUUCUUUUACUGUCAAAGGUUGAUGGAGAAUCUUUGACAAAUGCAGACAUUCAAGAAGAAGUUGACACUUUCACAUUUGCUGGACAUGACACGACAACAAAUGCGAUCUGCUUCACACUUUAUACUAUCGCAAAAUAUCCAGGAGUUCAAGAGAAAUUAAAUGAAGAAAUUCAACGAGUUUUUGGUGACAGGGACGUGACGUUCAAAGGGAUUAACGAGAUGAAGUAUUUGGAUUUAGUAAUCAAAGAAACAAUGAGACUUUAUCCACCAGUUCCCAUCAUUUCUAGGCGUCUUCACGAAGAAGUCGAUUUUGGUGACUUCAUUGCUCCAGCAAACGCAAACUACAACUUAAUUUUGUACACACUCUUCAAAAAUCCGGAAGUAUUUGAAAAACCUGAAGAAUUCAUCCCAGAAAGGUUCUUAAGCACUGAGAAAUCGCCAUACGCUUUCAUUCCAUUCAGCGCUGGUCAACGAAAUUGCAUUGGACAAAAGUUUGCAUUAUUAAACGUCAAAAAUAACUUAAUUAACAUCAUGAGAAAGUUUGAUAUCAUUUGGAGUGGAAAAGAGCCAUCAGUGCAAAUAAAUUUAACUUUAAAAUGUGACGGAAUUUUCAUCGGAUUUAAACCAAAAAAAUAAUGAAAUUUGAAAAAUGAAUUUUAGAAUAAAAUUAAAAGUAUUGUGAAUGAAAACUUUGGAUUUUUUAAUAAAUUUGAUUUUGAGGAA